AUGCCCACCGAUAGUAAAAAAAAUAAGGUGGACGCUACCCACAGGUUUGAAGAGCCACGGAUCAUCGGUUACCUGUGGAACGUUUAUCCAGGGGAGCAUCUCAGGAGUAUAGCUUCUUGCUGGGUGUCGUCUGAUCGUGUCCCCAUGGUCAUGGGUGGAAACGACUUCUGGUGUUCCCAACUGAUGGCAGCCACUGGCGUCCACAUGGACGUGAUGAUCCAGGGGCCUACAUGCCAGGGCCCGACAGAGUCCGGUGUCCGUACUCCAACUAAGCUUGGCGGACAACUGGUGGUAGAAAUAUUUGAGAACCAAGAUCUGAUGCGACAUAUGCGCAACACUGAGUUUGACGUUGUUCUUAUUGACCCGAGUGCCUGAUAGCUUCUGGUGGCUCAUGAGCUUAAACUGCCAACUGUUUUCAUACGUGGAGCCACCAGUGGAGAAGGGCAUGCUGUGGUGCUCCAUCUCACAUUCUCCUUGUUCCGUUGCAGAGAUGUUGUGUCAGAUAAGAUGACCUUUGGACAAAGGGUUCACAACACAUUAAAUAGUCUCAACAUCUCCAUGACAGGGUUCUAGUAUGCCCCUCACUAUGACAGACUGGUAGACAGGUACUUGGUCCAGAUGUGGAACUUCUAUUCCCCUUCUACAAUGAGCAGACAUCUGGCUCCAUAAGGGUGCGACUUUGUCUUUCGAAUUCCCAGGCCCACCAGCCAAACCAUCGCCUUUGGAGGUUUUCAAUGUAAGCCUUCGAAGCCUUUUAUAUCAGAGCUGGAGGAGUUUGUGGAAAGUUCAGGGAGAGCAUGGAUUCGUCUUGAUGUUCUUGGUACACUGGUCAAAAGCCCUACCUGUAGAAUCACUUCUGAAAUCGCUGCCGCCUUUGCCCAAAUUCCACAAAAGGUCUUAUGGAGGCAUGCGGUGAGCGACCAAAACAAUUUGGGCACAACACCCUACUGUUAAAAUUGGUUGCCCCAGCAUGACCUUGUGGGACCACCAAAGAUUAAAGCCUUUGUGGCACACGGUUGGCACUAACGGGCAUCUAUGAGUUCCAUCUACCACGGAGUGCCCAUAGUAGGCAUGCCCUAUCUGUUUGACCAGCUGAGAACCGUCUGGGUUGGGAGAUACGAGGUGUGCUAA